CCUUCAUGCCCAUCGAUAGAACAGCCACCACUCCUCACGUUCUUUCGCUCCCCUAGUUUUUUUUUUAUUCUGCGUUUCUUUCAUUGUACUGCUGCACAUCACGCCAGCACCAUCUACUUCACCAUCCAGAGCCAUCGUCUUCACACGACCUCAGCCCAGCGGCACCACCUAGCCCCAUCCAACAGCACCUCGUGUACAGCCGGCAUCUCCAGCAGCCAACUCCACUGAAACCAGCCCAAGCCGAGGCCCUCAGCCCCACCGAACAGCCCUCUUUAGCCGAGAGCUUGAGAGGCCGUAGCAACCUCCACCAAGCCUCCAAGUGAGACCUGGUAGUUUCGGGUUGUCACCGCCGUUGCGCCGCCGUCACCAUGAACCCGUUACCGUUGAAUUCCGGUCCAACAUUAUGGCUGAUUCCUGCUUCAUAUAGCAACAGAAACGGAGAGAUGAUUGCUAAGGCAAAUUUUCUCUGUUAUUUAAUUACCUCGUGAAUCAGAAGUCAGUUUAGUACUGUAUCAGCUCAACACAAUAUAUGGAAUCGUGUUUUCCAUUUUUUCUGCACAGCUUCUGCUUCACUUCCCUUGUGUUGCAGAUCAGCUAUGCUUUAGACUCCAUUUCAGCUGGCCAGAACAUCACCGAUGGGCAAACGAUCCUCUCAGCUAGCCAGAACUUUGAGCUAGGAUUCUUCAGCCUUGGCAGCACCAAAAAUCGGUAUGUGGGCAUAUGGUACAAGAAGAUAUCAGCCGGGACAGUGAUUUGGGUCGCCAACCGAGAGAAUCCCCUGAAUGACUCUUCGGGAGUCCUGAAGCUCACUCCCCAGGGUGUCCUGACUCUACUGAACCGCACCAAUGGGAUCGUUUGGUCUGCCAAUGCGUUGAGACCAGCCCAGAAUCCGAUCGCACGACUUUUGGAUUCUGCAAAUUUCAUUGUAAAAGGAGGGAACAAUGAUGACUUGGAUGAUGCCAUCUGGCAGAGCUUUGAUUACCCUUGUAAUUCAUUCCUGGCUGGCAUGAAGUUCGGUAUAGACCGACAGAAAGGCCUGGACCGGUACUUCACCUCAUGGAAAAGUGCGGACGACCCUUCACCAGGUGAUUUCACAUAUAGACUCGAUUCUUCAGGUUAUCCGCAGAUGAUCCUAAGGAACAGAUCCAAAGUGCAGUUCCGGACGGGACCUUGGAACGGCAUUCGGUUUAGCGGGGUCCCUCAGUUGAGGCCUAAUCCAAUUUAUGCGUUUGGCUUUGUCUUCAACCAAAAUGAAAUCUACUAUUACUAUAACAUUCUGAACAGCUCCAUCACGUCAAUGUUGUUUUUGAAGGAGAACGGGAGCAUUCAGCGCUCCACUUGGGUAGACCAGAACCCUCGGGUACUGUAUACGCCCACACAAACUGAUGACUGUGACACUUAUGCAUUCUGUGGAGCGAAUGGGAAUUGUGACAUUGCCAGCUUACCAAAAUGUGUGUGCUUGACGGGGUUUGUGCCAAAAUUCCCGAUGGACUGGGGAUUUUGGGAUUGGUCAUCUGGGUGUGUCCGGAGGACGGAACUGGAUUGCCAGGGAGGAGAUAAGUUUCUGAAGAUCACUGAAGUGAAAUUACCCGAUACAAGGUUUUCGUGGUUCGACAAGAACAUUAACCUUCGAGAAUGCGAGUACAUAUGCCUGGGGAACUGCUCGUGCACGGCUUAUUCAAACUUGGAUAUUAGAGGACAAGGAAGUGGGUGCUUGCUUUGGUUCGGUGACCUGAUGGAUAUUAGACAGUUCAACGAGAACGGCCAGGAUAUUUAUGUAAGGAUGGCUGCAUCAGAAGUCGGUGGCAGUUCGAGUAGGAUUACUGGCACAAGGAAAAGCACGGGCAUCAUUGUCAGCAUCGUGCUCUUCGUGGUGUUUCUUCUCGGCAUCACGGUUAUUUACGUGAAGUAUAAGAGAGCUGGGAAAAUCGUUGCAUUGUCCCGUCAAAGCCAUAGUGAGGAUCUAGAGGUACCUCUGUUUGACCUCACAACCAUUGUAAAUGCGACGAAUAACUUUUCUGAUGAUAACAAACUCGGAGAGGGAGGCUUUGGAGCUGUCUAUAAGGGUGUUCUGAAGAAUGGCCAAGAAAUUGCUGUGAAGAAGCUGUCGGAAAACUCUAGGCAGGGACAGGUCGAGUUCAAGAAUGAAGUCAUCUGCAUCGCCAAACUUCAACACCGAAACCUGGUCAAGAUUCUAGGAUGCUGCAUUGAACAAGAUGAAAAGAUGUUAAUCUAUGAGUUCUUGGCCAACCGGAGCUUGGAUUGUUUCAUUUUCAACCAAGAGGAGGGUGUUUCACUGGAUUGGCCCAAGCGCUUCACUAUCAUCAAUGGCGUAGCUUCAGGGCUCCUGUACCUUCACCGAGACUCAAGAUUAAGAAUAAUUCAUAGAGAUCUGAAAGCUGAAAACAUCCUGCUUGACAUCGAGAUGAAUGCAAAGAUAUCAGACUUUGGUUUGGCAAGGAGUUUCGGAGGUAAUGAGAGUGAAGCGAAUACGAAGAGAGUGGUGGGAACAUUUGGUUACAUGUCCCCGGAGUAUGCCAUUCACGGUCUUUAUUCGGUCAAAUCAGAUGUCUUCAGUUUUGGCGUUUUAGUACUGGAAAUCGUGAGCGGGAAAAGAAAUCGAGGUUUCAAUCAUCCUGACAACCCUUUAAGCCUUCUUGGACAUGCCUGGACACUGUUAAGAGAUCAAAAUUUUAUGAAGCUCGUAGAUCCGUCAAUUGCAUCCACAUUCAACCCCGUGGAAGUUUUACGAUCCAUCCAUGUGGCUUUGUUGUGUGUUCAAAAAAAUCCGCGUGAUAGACCGGAUAUGUCGUCUGUGGUUAUGAUGUUGGGCAGUGAGAACACAUUGCCUCAGCCUGAACAGCCUGGUUUUUUUGACGAGACGUCUGUGUCCAAAGCAAGUUCUUCAAGCGCCGGCAAGCAUAACAAAUUUUCAGCCAAUGAAUUAACUAUUUCACAUUUACUGCCUCGAUGAUAUAUCUGUAAUUUCAAUUAUGUUUUGAUUGAUCCCAUAUGAAUACAAGAAGAUCAUGGCUUUUGUACCAAUAGUCAUCUCUUAAUCUGGAAUCGCAAGACGUUACAGGGAAA